AGAUACGUAUAAAGAUAAAAAAAAAAAAAGAAGAUGUGAUUGUAAGAAAAUUCGACUUGGAUUUCAUUUAAUUUUCAGCACUUAUUAUCAUUGGGUAUACUGGUAGCUUCCUUGUAAGUUGUGCUUUCUAGGAAUAUUCAUUCAACCUUAAACAAAAUACCCCUUCAACACCUAAUACGAUCCAAAGCCAGAAUGUUGGUAAAAACGUCUGUGCAGUGUGUAUAGUAAAAGUUAAAGCACGGAAUCCUAUAAGGUUAUUGAUCCCCCCGACGAAUUCAUUUUACAACUUUGAAGAUAGGAUGUAUCCCAUCUGAUUUGGAGGUGGAUUACGCUUUUUCACCGAAAUAUGAAACUAGAGACAAGUGUACCCCAGACAGAAGAAUCGGAACCAGAAUCAAGGAUGUUCAAGUGUAAAAACAUAGACAUCAUUGUGUAUAUAACAGUCAUCAUUUUUGGCAUUGGAUCAUGGGUAGACAUCAAUGGAUUAUGGGUAGAACUUCCAGCAAUGAUUACAGAGGGUCUCCCUGAAGGGUGGAACCUGCCUUCUUAUUUAUCAGUCAUAAUCCAAAUCGCCAACAUAGGACCACUCAUAGUUACUCUAGUUCAUGUAUGUGCCCCUGGAAAACUUAACAACAUAGGUGUGGUUUAUGUCAUAUUAGGAAUAGGAAGUUUAGCUUGCCUGUUUUUGGCUUUUUACUGGAAAACCACAGCUUUUGUCGCUGGAGAAGAGAGAAGCAUAGUGCUGCUCGUGUUACAGUUCUUCCUAGCUUUAGUGGACUGUACCACAUCAGUUGUGUUUCUUCCCUUUAUGGUGAAGUUUAAGUCGGAGUAUUUGACGGCUUAUUUUAUCGGAGAGGGAAUGAGUGGGAUGGUGCCCAGUCUGGUAGCCUUGGGUCAAGGCAGCGGGUCAGUGUCCUGUGUGAAUGUGUCCUCAACCAACGCCACCACCAACAUAACAACGUACAGCGUAUAUCCGAAAUCCAACCCUCCGAAUUUCCCUGUGCGGGAUUUUUUCUUGUUUCUAUUUGCUAUGGUGUUUUCCAGUGGCAUAGCAUUUACAUUCCUGAACUAUGUUCCGUAUUAUAAAAAAGAGUAUGCUUCAGAGGAUGAGGUAUCAGAAUCGUCAGAUGAUAGUAAAUUUCAAAGCAGCUACGAACUAAGUAAUGGUGAAACCAACGGAAGGUCAACUUUCUCAGACCCUGCAACAAUUGGAUCAUCCACAUCCAAACUUGUAAAGCAAGGGACUCAUACCCAAAGUGUCGACAAAUCAGGGAUAUUGAAUGAUGACGUUAAAAUAACCAAAGUAGUUCAGCCUAUAUCCAAGUCCCUGUAUAUAUACUUCAUGAUUCUGACAGCUUUUUUGAAUUCCCUUACAAACAGUGUCUUUCCAUCCAUACAAACAUUUUCAUGCAUGCCAUAUGGAAUAUCAGCAUACCACCUAACAGCAGCACUGUACAAUAUUUCUAACCCCGUAGCUUGCUUUAUUGCCAUGUUCUAUUCAGCGUCUUCCUCCACUGUUAUUAGUUUCCUCUCCUUCCUGGGGUCUGUGGUGGCAGCCAUUAUUCUAUAUACUGCAGCAGCUAGUCCCACCCCAUUUCUUGUUGGAACUCAGACUGGAGAAGCCCUCAUUGUCACAAUAUGGGUUGUUGGAGGACUACUUUUAACAUAUUCCAAAGUUGCCAUAGCUACUGUGUUUAGGUCACAGGGUCAAAGGGCACUGAUGUGGAUUGGUGUGAUGCAACAAGUGGGGUCAUUUUUUGGGGCAGUGCUAUUUUACCUUAUCAUAAACGUGUGGUCAAUGUUCAAGAGUGCACCUUACUGUCCAAGUUGAUUACAAACAUAAAUUUAGCCAUAAAAUUUAAAAACACUGCCUUUCAGAAGAGAUGUUUAUUCAUAUUUUUGUAAAUGUUCUGUCAAAUAUUUACUGAAUUACUGAAUGGGCCAAUUUUUAAAAACACUGCCUUUCAGAAGAGAUAUUAAUCCAUAUUUUUGUAAAUUUCCUGUCAAAUAUUUACUGAAUUACUGAAUGGGCCAAUUUUUAAAAACACUGCCUUUCAGAAGAGAUAUUAAUCCAUAUUUUUGUAAAUUUUCUGCCCAAUAUUUACUGAGAGAAUCCAGUGUUUUCUAUGCUUCUAUCUUAGGUUUUUACAAGUUUUUGGUUUUCAUAAUCUUUUAAAUGUUAAGAAAUUAAAAUAUCACUUUUGACUCCAAGGAUUCUAUCAAUGUUGUCAUGCCCUUUUUGUGGCUGUCUGAAUUUAGAAAAGUUACUCCUGAUGUUAAUCAAUUUACAUUUGCAAUUUACUUCCAGAUUAUGUUAUGAAUAUUUUGUGAAUGUAGCGAAUUUGAUGAGUGAUGUGAACUGACAACUUGAUUUUAGAGCAGUUAAGUAACAGCUUGCUUUUUUGUGCUGUAAAAUGUUUGCUUAUAAUGUGAUGUUAUUAUUUUGACUUAGAUCUGAAAAAGUUAUUUACAAUGUAUAUACAUAUAUUGCUUGAUAAGUAUUGUUUACACAUGUAUCAUGUUUAUUCUUUAUACAUGUAUAUUUUAUUAAUUAUUUUUGUAUGCCUGUUGUGUGAGUGGUUACAGAUGUAUGACGUAGAAGUGCUGUUUGUUUGUUUGUUUUUGUUUGAGUUCAUGUUUAUUCUUUAUACAUGUAUAUUUUAUUAAUUAUUUUUGUAUGCCUGUUGUGUGAGUGGUUACAGAUGUAUGACGUAGAAGUGCUGUUUGUUUGUUUGUUUUUGUUUUGAGUUUUUUUUUUAAUCUUGCAUUUUGUUUGUACCUUUGCCAACAAUAAGAAUUACUAGUAAUUUGAUAUCAAAAUCGUCCCUACUCGAUAAUUUUUUUCAGCACUUUGAAAUUUUAAUACUUUUUCUUUAGUUUCCAUAGAAAUUGUUUCAUUUUAAAGCUAAUUAAAAGGUAUUUAAGUUUUUUGGGAUGCUAUUUUGAUUGAAAUAUUUUUAGCAAUACACCUGUAUAGCUAUCCAGUGUCUAAUAAAAACAUCAAUUAAUUUCAGAGUCUGGGAUUUUUAUGACAUUUCAAUUUCUUCAUUACCGUAAACCAGAGAAAAAAAACAAUUAUACAAACUGUAACUACCUACCUACCCACCUUGAAAAAUGUGGGCAGAGUACAUCAAACAGAAAUAUUUUUAAUGAUUGCCUUGCUGUAUAUGUUAAACAUUUGUGCAAGACAUUUUACCUGUACAUGCCAUUGUACCAUUCUCAGCUAAGAGGAUUUGUCAUCACUUAUAAUAUUUUGUAAUAAAUGUUAUAAAAUUCA